GGCCGUCGAUCAGUGAAGUUGUAUACACUUUUUUCGUGUUCCGUGUUUUUCGCUUAAUUUAAUCGUUUAUUUAAAUGUUUUUAUGAAUUUUGGUUUCGCGUUUUCCUUUUUUGCCGACAGCUAAUUGCAUUAAAAUAAAACCAACAAGUUGUUGAGCUGGGUGUAAAUUAUUGUGUAGUUGUCGCUGACACUCGAAUACUUAUAGCCAGAUGCUGAAGCAGCAGCAGUGACAAUAACACCAGUAAUCAGCACAACUAUCGGCGACAAUGGCAGACAUCGGACAUCAGAAUGCGAGGCGUCAGUGAUUAAAACCAGUCGGAGAGGCCAGCCAGCCAACCAGCCAGCCCCACUGGCACCACCAGCAAAAAGCAGCCCAAGUUCCGAGCCCCACACGCUGCUGAAUCAUCAGAACUCGGAGGAGUACUAGUUUUCCAGCUACUGCGAGGCAGCAAUGAGCAAAAUGUGCUCCAAGAGCAGACCUUCGCCGGCGGUUUCGCCAACUUGGGGGUCUUACAAAAGCAGCUUGAGUGCGAUAUCUAUUAGCCUGCUGAUCACCUGUGCCGGACUGACGGCCGUGGCAGGUUGGAUGCCCGACGUGCGACCCGAUUUGCAAACAACACAAGAUAAGGUCUUGGCCCAUUUUAUUGGCAACUCGACGGACUAUUUCAAGAUUUUGGACCACCACGAUGAAUAUGUUCUAGUUGGUGCCAAGGACGUCAUCUACAAUGUGAGCCUAAAUGGCCUGAGGGAGAUUGCGCGUCUGGAGUGGCACAGCACGGAUGCGGAUCGGGAGCUGUGCGCGCUGAAGGGGAAGCACGAGUGGGACUGCCACAACUACCUGCGCGUCUUCGCCCUGCGCCCGAACGGCGAGGUGUUGCUCUGCGGCACCAACUCGUACAAGCCGCGCUGUCGUCACUACUCGCCAGUGGAAGUGUCAUCGGAGGAGGCUCCCCCCGCUGGCCACGCCCACGCCAUGCGCUACGAAGUCAGCCGGGACGUGGAGGCCCAGGGCCUGUGCCCCUACAGCCCCGCCCACAACAGCACGUACGCCUUCGCCGACGGUCAGUUGUACAGCGCCACCGUGGCGGACUUUUCGGGCGGAGAUCCCCUCAUCUAUCGCGAGAACCUGCGCACCGAACAGUAUGAUCUCAAGCAACUCAACCAGCCGGACUUUGUCGGCGCCAUCGAGAGGAACGGCUACGUGCUCUUCUUCUUCCGCGAGCUGUCCAUGGAGUUCAUGAACUUCGGCAAGGCGGUCUACUCGCGAGUGGCGAGGGUGUGCAAGAACGACAGGGGCGGACCCUACAACCACGGCAAGAGCUGGACCUCCUUCCUGAAGGCCCGGCUCAACUGCUCGGUUCCCGGGGAGUUUCCCUUCUAUUUUGAUGAAAUCCAGGCUAUAAGUCCGAUUGUAGAGAGCGGCUCCAAGUCGCUAGUUUAUGCAGUCUUCACCACAUCAGUAAAUGCCAUUUCCGGUUCGGCAGUUUGUGCCUUCAACGUGGACGACAUUCUAGCCGCUUUUGACGGAGAGUUCAAAUCGCAGAAGGACUCGCAGUCCCACUGGCUGCCAGUGGACCGGGAACAAGUGCCGAAACCACGACCAGGACAGUGUGUGGAGGACUCUAGAACGCUGACCAGCAUUGCGGUCAAUUUCAUUAAGAACCAUCCGCUGAUGGAGGACGCUGUGCCGGCAGUGCAUGGACGUCCCUUGCUGACCAAGGUGAACCUUCUCCACCGCCUCACUGCGAUUGCAGUCCAUCCGCGGGUCAAGUCGCUUAGCGGUGAAUACUACGAUGUGAUCUACAGUGGCACAGACGACGGCAAAGUUACCAAGUUCAUCAACAUACUAAACACGCAUCCAAACUCGACUGUGGAUCGCCUAAGGACGGUGGUUAUAUCGGAAAUGCAGGUGCUGCCACUGGGAACGCCAGUGAGGGAGUUGGUGAUCUCAACUUCAAAGAACACGCUGGUGGUGGUCAGUGAUGGCAGCCUGGUCAGUGUGCCCCUGCACCACUGCACCCACAUUGUGGACUGCUUGGGCUGCCUGAGUCUGCAGGACCCCAUCUGCGCCUGGGACUUGCAGACACACGAGUGCAAGAACCUGGCCACCAGUCAGCACAAGUUCGGAACCAAGACCUAUCUGCAGAGCUUGAACAGCACCAAGAAAGCGGCAGCCUUGCUGUGUCCCCACAUUCCUCGCGAUGGACCAGGAGCAGAGACUGUGAGCUUUGUAACCAUGGCUCCGCCGCCAACGGGCGAGCAGAAGCUUCUGUACUCCAAUGUGGGUGUUCCGCAGGGAAGCCAGCCAAGUUUGGAACAGCAGCCAACAGGCGGCGAUGACUUUGGCCUAAAUAAGAUCACGCUCACGUCCAUGGAUCCCGAUGAUAUUAUGCCAAACUUAAAUGAUCCCCAGAAGUCUACAGCAACUGUGGAUGAAAUCAAACAUGCUUCAACUCCAAGCUUUAUGUUUCUCACAAUCGUCGUUUUCUUUACCUUCAUAGUGGGUGGCACUGCGGGAGUAUUCUGCGUUAAGGCCAAAAAUCGCCUUAUGGAGGCCCAAAUGGAUGAUAGCCAUCGCAAUCAUUUCGGCAAACCAAUACAAUUUAAACAUCAAAACACUGGCAAGGAUAUUAAUUUAUUGAUGGGCUCAAACGCCUACACCACCACACAGAAAACUCCUAAUCUGGAUCUUGAAAAGGAUCGCAGUCACGAGUGCAAAAACUCCACGGAACAUUUGGAAAAGGAGCUGCCCUGCAAGACGUCGACGCUGACGAAAGUAAAACGCACUUACAUCUAGUGGGCUUGCACGGCAGCCAAGUGCAAAAUUAGUCGAAUUUCUAUACUCUAAAACAUAUUUUCGUUGUUUAUGUUGCUGUUAGUUAUAGUAACCCCCCACCCAUCCCGCGAAUGAAGUAGACGACAGAAUCGGAUGCGUUUGAAACGCGUCUGAAGAGUAGGGCGCAGAAGUCGUGGCGUCUUUUUUUACUUAGCAUGUAUUGUAAUUUAGUUUGAUGUAAAAUUUCAAUAAGUUUAGUUUGUUUGGCAAAAUUUAGUUAAAUUUAUUGAAAACAAAGUGCACGGGCUGCCUUAGCCCAGGCCAUUUAAAGCAUUCCGCAUUCCCCUGACGUCGACCUUACUGUUCGAAAUUGGAGUGCCUGCUCUUGGCUGGGCAGCCCGCAUGGUGUUUUUCCUUAUGUGUACUCUAAAUGUAUAUUCUUUAAGUGCAAAUAUUAGAGCUGUACAAAUUUACACACACAUAUCAAACCUACCGAAAUCGAACCCGGUCAGUAAGCGAUCAGCUCGUGGUUAAAUAUCCCCAAGCCCACAGCCCCAUUUAUUUCUCGAAAUUCAAUCGAAUAUUCUACAAGUAUUUUGUUAGACUGAAUGAUUUAUUUUUUCUAUAUGAGUUUGUUUGUGGAUAACUAACAGAAUGCGACAUGGACUUAAAAGCUCUAUGCUUUGUGGCUAACAAAAGCGUAAAUUCUAUCUAACAUAAGCUCAAUAAGGAAUUGAACAUAGCAUGUAAUUAAAAGUAUGAACUAGGCUAAGAAACGAACAAAACUUCUAUGAGGCUGUUUCAUAUGAACUGACACCGCAGCCCCACAUCAUUAUGAUGAGAAUACGCACAACAAAACGGAAAUAAAUAGAAUUCUGCAACAACAGCAAGCCUUAUAAAAAGUAUAAAAUCGUGUCGAAUCUAGGCCUUAACUCUAAACUUGUAUGCUUUGCAUGAAAAACAUUGAGCUUGGCAAUGAAAGUAAAUCAGCAUUUUAAUAUUUUUAUGUUUACUUUUAAGCUGUUGUCCGUCCCACUGAAGAAGUUGCAUAAUACAAUGUACAAUGGCAAUUUUAAAUUAUAACGUGUAAAAUGCAAUUUUCAUCGUAAUUAAUAUAUUUUUAUACGCAUGUCUACGCCUAAUGUCUAAAAAUAAGUGUAAGAAGGGGUAAAACCAAGCAUCCCUGAAAAAAGCUACACAUAAAAUAUUUUUAAACCAUUAAAAAAAAAUUAAUAUAAAGAUAAAAUUCUCAUAUUGUGAUAGAUUUUUAUUGAAAUUUAAAAAAAAAAUGUAAUGAUAUGCCUUUAGGUUGAAAAACAAUGAUAUAUGACGAGAGUCUGAUUGCAUGCAUAAUAAUAAUGUGAAGAAAAAGGGUCUUCCGUUUGGAGGAUUAGAAACCAGAGAACCCAACGUGGUGAUUACUUUUUAUUACUGUGUAUGUCUUGUACUGUAUAUUGUUGUAUACAUCCGAUAAGCAAUUCGAAAAUCUAAUAAAGUCGUCAUUUUUUCAUAUA